UCGAGAUCGAGAAAAUAUUAGAGGUUAUUUUCUUUCGUUCGUUUUUUAGAUAGCAACGGAAUUUUCUUUAAACACGCGAAAAAGUUACAAUCACUUCGUUCGACUGUUCGGCUUCGUGUCCAACUCGGAUCUGCGAAAUCGUGUUGAAGAGCGUGCUUUAACGCCCUAGCACAGGCACUCGCAGAUCCCCUAACAAACUGUUCGUUGCUCCAUUCUUCGUCGCCAUCGUUCUGAUUCUGAAGGAAAAACGAGUCACAGAGAGAGAGAGGACAGAGGGAGAGAGGGAAAGAGAGAGAGGACAGAGAGAGAGAGUGAGAAAGAGAGGAAGUAGAGAGGGAAUGAGAACGUGCACUGUGACUCAAUUGCAGGUGGCGCCACGAGUGUACAACGAUAUAUCGAUUAGUUGACAUUGUUUAUCGUGCGAUUUGUCGGAAUAAAAUUUAUUUUUCGUUAUUAUAGUUUUGUUCGUUUAAAAUUAAAAUAAUUCGUAAUGUCGAUUUUACCAUUGUGGCCAAGUUUAAGACCAAGAGCAACGGAUCCUUUGUGGUUUGAUGCUGACAGUCCCAUUGACGAGGAAUCUGAAGUAGCUGCCUUAGAAGCAGAACAUCAAGCAUGGAGAGAACACGUCCGGGUUCAAGGAUACGAUCAUAUACCGAUCGGGAAAACUGUCAGUGAUUUUAGAGGAUCAGAGGAAGAAGAAGAAGAAGAGGAGGAGGAAGAGGGUGACGGGGAGGAGGAGGAAGAGUCGGACACCCAUGAAGAAGAAGAAGAAGAAUUAGAUGAAAUAGACAUGGAAGUGAGCUAUCCUCAUCAACCUCAAAGAUCUAGUCCAACGGACACAGUGACAGAUCCUGUGUCCAUAAGAGUAGUCAACAGUGUCAACGCGCAUACUCCUCGUUAUACUUAAUUAAGAUAUUGCAUUUCCUGAUUAACGCGACUGAUCGGCUCUUUUAGCUUAUGUCCCGUUUAAUUUCUAUCUAGGAAGAAUAAUUAACGUAAUAGGAAUAGAAAACGAAAAAAAAAAAAAAA